AUGUCUUUUCCGACAACAACCACCAAACAGCAAACUCAUCAACAAGAACAACAGCAACCUCUUCGACCAAUGCACAAAACCCUUUCCUCUUCAACCAAAACACGCAACAGUGAUGCAACUUCCUCUUCAUCCAAUACACAUACCACUUCAACUUGUUCUUCCACUACUCGUCGUGGUUCAGAUACAUCAACACCAUCUCUGUCGCUCAACAAGAACAUGAAAAGAAACAAGAUCACAACCUCUUCAAAGUUUAGUCCUCUUUUGAAAGAAGUAAUUGAUAAUUUUGGUAUUGAUUUCUAUGGCAAUUAUUAUUGA